AUGACAGCAAAAAAGAGGAAAGCGCCGGGUGAUACGAGCAGCGGAGCCGAUCACCAAUCCCCUCGGCCGAUCCCGAACCUCGGCCCGUCCCGCUACCCUCACCAUGCCCCGGCCGAUGCGUUUUCCGAUGGCUACUUCCGACGUCUUUACAGCUCCGAGCUGGACUUUAGGCAACUCGCAAAGCAAAAUGUAGACUUUGCUGCUGUCCUGGGUGAAAAUGGACAGCUGGACUUCAGCGACCCGGCAGCGACUAUGCAGCUCACAAAGACGCUGUUGAAGGUUGACUUUGGCCUGAAGCUAGAGCUUCCAGACGACAGGUUGUGUCCUCCGGUUCCAAACCGCCACAACUAUAUACUGUGGUUGAAAGAUUUGCUGGACACGAGUUCGUACGACCAGCCUGGUGGUAAACUGCUCGGGCUUGACGUUGGCACAGGCGCAAGCUGUAUCUACCCUCUCCUGGGGACCACCCAGCGACCCUGGUAUAUUGACGCCAAAAGCUUAAGCUAUGCCAGGAAAAACAUUGAGCUCAACGGUCUAAAAGGCCGGAUCCGGCUUGUCGAGCGGAAAGCUGAAGACACAUUGGUGCCGCUUGAUGAGCAGGGUAUUCAGUCCAUCGACUUUGUCAUGAUGAACCCGCCGUUUUAUAGCUCGGAAGAUGACAUGCUAGCAUCAGCAAGGAAGAAGGCGCGGCCCCCGCUCUCGGCAUGCACCGGCGCUCCAGUGGAGAUGGUCUGCGACGGCGGUGAGGUUUCCCAUGUCGGCCGGCUGCUGCGCGAGUCGCUGGUGCUGCGGGAUCGGAUUCGUUGGUACACCUCGAUGCUCGGCAAACUCACCAGCGUUGAAGUCCUUAUCGAUCAACUACGCCAGAACGGUAUCGACAACUACGCCGUUACCGAGUUCAUCCAGGGUAACAAGACACGACGGUGGGCAUUGGGCUGGAGUUUCGGGGCGAUGCGGCCGGCAGAGCAUGUCGCGCGCGGUGUAGGUGCGAGAAUUCCGAAGAAGAUGCUGCCUCCUCCUCUAGAGACGGAGUUGUUAGUGCUAUCCGCUGGGGAGGAGCUUGGACCUGUGAUCUCUAAACUCAAGGAGAUCAUUGGGUCACUGGAGCUGAUGUCUUGGGUUUGGGAGGACGAGGAAUCAAGAGGCAUUGGAAGAACCCGAGAGAACGUCUGGAGCCGCGCUUGGAGAAGGAAGAAACUUCGGGAGCAAUCGGGCGAUGGCAAUCGCGAAGACCCAAGUCCAGCAAGCGGUACUUCGGAGGAAUGUCGACUGGGCUUCGCCGUUGCGGUCACUGUUGAAAAGGCGAAGACGUCCGUCAGGUUACACUGGCGUGAAGGCCACGAACCCCAGAUUUUCGAGAGCUUCGUGGGUUUCUUGCAAGGCAAACUUAAAGACUUGUGCAGGACAAUUGAGUGGAGUAAGGUAGGUAUCAGUGGGCCCGUCUCUGUUGUGUAA